AUGGCCAUCACCGACCCCCUUGUCAAAUACCGCACUCUUGUCUCGACCAAUGUCCUCUCCCCGGACCCGGACCAGCACCGACUCGCGAUUCAUCUGCACAAGCUCUACGGUCGCCUCAAGGACUAUGCUCCUGAGGUCGAUUACCGCGAGCGCCUCAAAGAGGUCGCCGAUAUCCCUGAGGCCCGCGACCCAGACGAGGCCGCCGCGACAUUGGCCAUGCCGAGCCAUCCCAUCUGGGACAAUCCGCUUUUCAAGCACCUCGCCCGCAGGGCAAUGCCGACGCCGAAAGACCAGAGUCCUAUGGCUCUCGUCCGCGUUAUGACGAGCCUUGAGGGCGCCAUCACCAUCAACUCGCCGAGAGGUCUGUUUCUAUCGGGCGAGGUCGGCGUUGGGAAAUCCAUGUUGAUCGACCUCCUGGCACAGGGUCUGCCAACGGAGAAGAAGAAGCGGUGGCACUUUAACACGUUCAUGCUGUAUACCUUCUCUCAGCUGGAGCGGUUCCGUCAAUCUCAUCCAGAGCUAUCGGGCAAUGAGAAGGAGUAUUCUAUGCUCUGGCUCGCCAAGAAGCUUGUCGAGGAGUCUCCGAUUCUGUUCCUGGACGAGUUUCAGCUGCCGGAUCGCGCGGCAAGCAAGAUUCUCAGUCACCUCUUCAUAGCCUUCUUCCACCUCGGUGGCGUUCUGAUUGCUUCUUCCAACAGAAUGCCCGAGGAGCUCCAGAAGGCAAUUGGCGUUGAGUAUACUGUUGCACCUACAGAUGGAUUCCUCAAGAGCCUCUUCCUCGGCGGUGCUCGAUCGCGAGGCACUCGCCAUAGUCAAAACGACUUUGCCGCGUUCUUGGAAGUCCUUAAAGCCCGCUGUGAUUUUUGGCACAUGGACGGUGCCACUGACUGGCGGCGUCGCGAAACUGGAGAGAAGAUAGCGGUCGAGGCAGCGUCUAUCGAGGGAACUGGACUUGCAGAGGCGCCAGUCGAGGCUCAAGGGCACAAGUCUCAAGGGGAAACAACCAAACCGGCCAAGUACUUCCUGACCCCUGAGGCCUCCGCCUGGACAUCAGAGCUAUCAGACCUCCUCUCCAAACCCUGGACACCGGCAACUCUUACAGUCUACGGCCGUACGAUCGCGAUCCCUCGCCACCGCGACGGCGUCGUCCACUGGAGCUUUGACGACCUCGUCGCGACCUUUGGUCCCGCCGACUACGUGACUAUGGCCUCCACCUACCACACCUUCAUCGUCGAUAACGUCCCGACCAUGACGACGCUGCACAAGAACGAGGCCCGCCGCUUCAUCACUCUCCUAGACGCCCUAUAUGAGGCCCGCUGCAAGCUCUUUGUCCGUGCCGAGACGGGGCCUGAUGACCUCUUCUUCCCGGACAUCCGUGCCGCCCAAGCUGAGGCGGAUCUUGCCGCCGCCACGGUCGCCGCCUCCAGGACCGAGACGGGAGAAGAAGUCAUAGACUCGGAUGCGAUCCACUCCGAGACCAUAGCCGAAGUCUACCAAGACCAAGCCGCGCCCUUCCGCCCCAACAUUUCCUACUACGACACCGAGUUGCCUACCUCCAAAUACGACCCGGACCAGGAUUCGGAUUUUGGCCGUCUUGGCAAUGUCAGCAGCGCCACAGGGGCCUCGAGUCCCAACUUUAGCAACACGGCCGGCUUCAUCGGCGAGGACGAGCGCUUCGCGUACCGACGCGCCGCGAGCCGACUGUGGGAGCUGUGCAGCGCCGCGUGGCACGCCCGCGGUGUUGAAGGCGGGCCGGCGGAGUGGUGGACGCCUGUCCCGCGCACCGCGCGGCAUUGGGAGGAUUCAGCGCCGUCGAGGCCGAAGAAGGAUGAGCCCCUCCUGCCGCGGCGGCAGACUGAUGCCUCCAUGGGCCCUUCGAGACCAGUUGACGAGCCGUUCGGAACGGAUAAGCUCGUCAUUGAAAGGUGGCGGGCCUUGGAGGAGGCGGAGCGGCGGCGCGAGGAGUCGUCUCAGGGGAGAUGA